UUUAUAAGCAACAAGGAGCUUUUUGUCUGUUUUCCAGUGAUGCAGACAGCGCAGUUCGGCGUGCAGUGCUGGAGGCUACUGUCACUAUGCUGGGCCUGCUGGAUAAUGAAAUUAUGGAGAAGGAUGGCUUGCUUGUGGAGCUCUACCGAGAGUUGUCAACUGCUGGAUUGUAUGUAUCCAAGAGCAGUCCAGACAGAAGGCCCACUUCACAAGCUCGCGGCACCCGGGGUCGUCGGACUUGUGCCCACUUCUUUCCUGACCUGGUGCAGUUCGUUACUGCAGAAUCAUUCGAGGUCGUGCUACUACCCAUGUGGCAGAGAUUGUGUGCAGACCCAGACUCAUCGGUGCACUCUGUCAUAGCUAGUGCACUCAUUCAGGCACGAUCUGUGAAUGACUCUCACCUGUGCCAUUUUGGACUAUUAGUUCCUACCAUGGUUACUGCAGUGCGUUAG